GCCGCACACAUGGCUGAUGUGAGCUGGAAGAUGCUGGAGCUGCGCGCUCGCUCGAAACGCUCAGUUUUGACAAUUGCUGUGGCUUAGCCUGAGCCGUUUGUGAUUAGCUGCACCAAUUUGAAAUGGCCAAUUGGGAUGAUGACAGAGCCUCCUCUGCGCAUGCUUUUGUAAAGUUUGGUUCUAUUUAUGAGCCACUUAAAAGUAUUAACCUUCUAAAGCCAGAGGGGGAAAGUCUGUGGGAUAAAUUGAAUCAUUACUAUAGAAUUGUUAAAUCAACGGUGUUGCUCUAUCAAAGUCCAACCACAGGUCUCUUUCCCACAAAGACCUAUGGGGAUAACCAGAAGGCAAAAGUCCAGGACAGUCUCUACUGUGCUGCCUGUGCCUGGGCAUUAGCCCUUGCCUACAGGCGUAUUGAUGAUGACAAGGGAAGGACUCAUGAGCUGGAGCAUUCUGCUAUAAAGUGUAUGAGAGGAAUUCUCUACUGCUACAUGCGUCAGGCCGAUAAGGUUCAGAAAUUUAAGCAAGACCCCAAACCAUCUGCAUGUCUACAUUCUGUUUUCUGUGCACGGACUGGAGACGAAGUGUUCUCCCAUGAGGAGUAUGGUCACCUGCAGAUCAAUGCUCUGUCCUUAUUUCUCCUCUAUUUGGUUGAGAUGAUCUCUUCGGGGCUGCAGAUUAUCUACAACACAGAUGAGGUGUCCUUUAUCCAAAAUCUUGUGUUUUGUGUGGAAAGAGCCUAUCGUGUGCCAGACUUUGGUGUCUGGGAGAGAGGAAGUAAAUACAACAAUGGCAGCCCAGAGCUGCAUUCCAGCUCCGUGGGGUUGGCAAAAGCAGCUUUAGAAGCAAUUAACGGGUUCAAUCUCUUUGGAAAUCAGGGCUGCUCUUGGUCUGUUAUAUUUGUGGAUUUUGAUGCCCAUAACCGUAACAGACAGACUCUGUGCUCGUUGCUGCCCCGAGAGUCAAGGUCUCAUAAUACUGAUGCAGCUCUUUUGCCCUGUCUUAGUUAUCCUGCGUUUGCUUUGGAUGAUGAGGUUUUGUUCACUCAAACAUUAGAUAAAGUUAUUAGAAAACUGAAAGGAAAAUAUGGGUUUAAAAGGUUCCUGAGAGAUGGGUACAGAACAGCCUUGGAGGACAGGACACGGCGCUACUACAAACCAGCUGAAAUCAAGCUUUUUGAUGGCAUUGAGUGUGAAUUCCCUCUGUUUUUUAUUUUCAUGAUAAUUGAUGGAGUUUUUAAAGGAAAUGAUGCACAAGUAAAGGAAUAUCAGGAUCUUCUGGACCCUUUGCUUCAACACACACCUGAAGGGUGUCCUGUGGUGCCCAAGUAUUACUACGUGCCAGCUGCCUUUGUUGAGCUGGAGAAGAGGAGCCCUGGCAGCCAGAAACGGUUUCCUAGUAACAAUGGCCGGGAUGGAAAGCUGUUCCUGUGGGGACAGGCAGUGUACAUCAUUGCAAAGCUCCUGGCUGACAAGUUAGUAAGCCCCAAAGAUCUGGACCCUAUCGGACGCUACGUGGCUCCCCAAGACCAGCGGAACGUUAGCAUGAGAUUCUCAAAUCAGGGUCCUUUAGAAAAUGACUUGGUAGUGCACGUGGCGCUGAUAGCAGAGAGCCAGCGCCUACAAGUGUUUCUGAACACAUAUGGAAUCCUAACUCAGACCCCCCAGCAGGUGGAACCAAUUCAGAUAUGGGCUCAAAAAGAACUUGUCAAAGCUUAUUUCCAUUUGGGGGUCAAUGAGAAACUGGGAUUAUCUGGAAGACCUGACAGACCUAUAGGAUGCCUUGGAACAUCAAAGAUUUAUCGAAUACUAGGGAAGACUGUAGUUUGCUACUCCAUCAUUUUUGAUCUCAGUGAUUUCUACAUGUCUCAGGAUGUUAUGAUGUUGAUUGAUGACAUUAAGAACGCGCUGCAGUUCAUUAAGCAGUACUGGAAGAUGCACGGCCGGCCGCUGUUCGUGGUGCUGAUCCGUGAAGACAACAUCAGAGGGAGCAGAUUCAGUCCCAUCUUGGAUAUGUUGGCAGCCUUUAGAAAGGGAGUUGUUGGAGGAGUGAAAGUUCACGUGGACAGAGUACAGACAUUAAUAUCUGGAGCAGUCGUUGAGCAACUUGACUUCCUAAGAAUCACUGAAGCAGAAGAGGCUCCUGUAUUUAAGAGUUUGGAGGAGUUGGAUCUUCCAAAACAUUCAAAAGUCAAGAGACAAUCUAGUACUCCAAAUGCUUCUGAACUUGAGCAGCAACCAGAUGUAAAUAUUAACGAUUGGAAAACCAAGUCAACGUAUGAGAUCCUGCAGAAACUUAAUGACUGCAAUUGCCUAGCAAGUCAAGCGUUGCUCUCCAGUAUAUUGCUUAAAAGGGAAGGACCGAAUUUUAUCACCAAGGAAGGUACUGUUGCUGAGCAUAUUGAAAGAAUCUAUAGACGUGCUGGCAGCAGAAAGCUCUGGUCUGUUGUGCGCUUCGCAGCAAGUCUUUUAGGUAAACUAGUGGACAGCCUUGCACCAUCUAUUACUAAUGUUUUAGUUCAGGGCAAGCAGGUGACACUUGGAGCUUUUGGCCAAGAGGAAGAAGUUAUUUCUAAUCCCUUAUCCCCAGCAGUGAUUAAGAACAUCAUCUACGAAAAAUGUAAUUUGCAAGAUGAAAGAGAAGCCGUAGUGCAGCAGGAACUCGUCAUACAUAUUGGCUGGAUCAUCUCAAACUCCCCUGAACUCUUCAGUGGCAUGCUCAAGAUCCGCAUCGGGUGGAUUAUCCAUGCUAUGAAGUAUGAACUGAAGAUCCGUGCUGGGGAUAUGCCAGCCAAGGACUUAUACCAGAUGUCCCCUAGUGAAGUGAAACAGCUUCUGCUGGAUAUCCUUCAGCCACAGCAGUCAGGCAGGAGCUGGCUGAUCAGGAGACAGAUCGAUGGGUCUCUGAACAGAACUCCUGCUGGAUUCUAUGAUCGGGUGUGGCAGAUCCUGGAGAGAACUCCCAAUGGCUUAAUAGUGGCAGGGAAAUUCCUACCACAGCAACCAACCUUGUCGGAUAUGACUAUGUAUGAAAUGAAUUUUUCCCUUCUGGUGGAAGAUAUGCUGCAAAACAUCGACCAGCCACAAUACAGGCAGAUCAUUGUAGAGUUGCUGAUGGUUAUUUCUGUUAUUUUGGAGAGAAAUCCUGAGCUAGAGUUCCAGGACAAAGUGGACUUGGACAAAGUGGUGCAAGAAGCAUUUCAUGACUUCCAGAAAGAUCACAGCAGUCCAAAGGGAGCUGAGUAUCAAAAUGACAUGACAGCCUUCUACAACACUAACCCACUUGGAAAAAGGGGAACAUGCAGCUACUUGAGCAAGGUUGUGAUCACUCUGCUGCUGGAAGGGAAUGUGAAGCCAUGCAAUGAGGAUCCUUGUACCAUUAGCUAAGGCUUGAAGCACAACACAGCAAUUGUUGCUUUAGGUAAUUCUAUGUAUUUUUCAUGCAGAUCCUAAAAUCCUGCUUGAAGAGUAGCCCUGGCUAGUAGCACAGACACA